AUGACUAAUAUGAAAGUGUUUAUCGUGCUGAUGCUCGGCUUUUGCCUGGUAUCUGCACUGGAUGUUAAUUCAAUUUUAUCUCUGACUGGUAUCCAGCUUUUUACUGAACCAGUUCAUAUAUUUUCCACAGGUGCGUUGUCGUUGACAUUAGGUAAUUCAUAUGCUUUCAAUGACCUUCUAACUAUUGAUGGAGGUGGUUCCCUAUCCGCAACAGCUUUGCUGGAUAUCUUAUUGCCUUUUUCUUUCAGCAUCCCAAGCACUUCAUCUGUAACCAAUAGCGGUUCAAUGACUAUAUCUAACGGCAAUCUUUUGGGUCUAGGAGGAUCGCAAUCAAUAAACAUAAUUCCCUCAUCCCUUACCAACACUGGCACAAUAACGCUGGAUUUAGCACGUACAGUCUCAGAUGCGACAUCUCUACUAGUAAUCGAUGCUGGAGUAUUUGUUAAUUCUGGCACCAUUAGCUAUAUAGGAGGCGGAGCUGGAGGUACAGAUCCAAAUUUGCUGGGUAAUAUCCUUCAGAUUGGCAGUGUCGGUAACACUAUUGAUAACACAGGUACUAUUCAUUUAAAUGCAGCACCAAGAUAUAAUUUACUGGGAAAUAUAAUUGGCGAUGGAGGUGUGAUUGACAUCGAACAAGGAACAUUGGUCAUCAGCUCCCAAACAUUCACCGGUAACUCAAUUGCUCUUCACCCAAACACAGCAGCAGCAUUUGUUAAUGCACAGGCAAAUGCAAUAGUUGUAACAGGUCUUCUAGAUGCAGCAGCAAUUAUAUCACUUGGAGUUGAUGGUAGUUUCGUGUAUGAUCCGACAACUGGUAUUCUAACAGUCACAACAAGUUUAGGUGUGUUUCUGUAUGAUAUCGGCUGUGGAUUUGAUCCUGCGUUAUUUUUAGGUGCACAAAUUACAAUUCAAGUAGGGGGUGUCAAUGUUGACGCCUACAGUGUUGUCUACCUAGGUGUUGCACCUUCUGAUACUACCUGUGCUGCCGCCUCCUCAUCGAUCAUACCUUCAUCUUCGAUAGUACCUUCGUCUUCCGUUGAACCAUCGUCUUCGAUUGAACCAUCAUCUUCGAUUGAACCAUCAUCUUCGAUUGAACCAUCAUCUUCGGUAGUACCAUCAUCUUCGGUUGAACCUUCGUCUUCAGUAGUACCAUCAUCUUCGGUUGAACCAUCAUCAGUAUUACCUUCGUCUUCGGUAGUACCUUCGUCUUCAGUCGAACCAUCAUCUUCAGUAUUACCUUCGUCUUCGGUAGUACCUUCGUCUUCAGUCGAACCAUCAACACCUCCAAUUCCAUCAUCUUCGGUUGAACCAUCAUCUUCAGUGGUACCAUCAUCACCUGCAGUUCCAUCAUCUUCAGUCGAACCAUCAUCACCUGCAGUUCCAUCAUCUUCAGUCGAGCCAUCAACACCUCCAAUUCCAUCAUCUUCGGUUGUCUCAGCCUCCGUUUUUGAUACCUCUUCAACUUUACCAUCAUCUCCAACUGUCCCUACGUCUUCAGUAUCACCAUCAUCUCCAACUGUCCCCACAUCUUCAGUAUCACCAUCAACAAUCUCUACCCCAAGCUCUUCUGCAGCGCCCUCAUCAUUCUGCCCAACAUGUGUUAGCAGUGGUACACCGCCCGCACCAUCAUCUAGUGCGGUUGUUCCCACAUCAUCUGCAGUUGGUGGUAACGGAGGCGAUAAUGGACAACCUGGAGCUGAUGGACAACCCGGAGCUGCUGGACAACCUGGCGCCGCUGGACAACCUGGUGCUGCUGGACAACCCGGAGCUGCUGGACAACCUGGUGCUGCUGGACAACCCGGAGCUGCUGGACAACCUGGAGCUGCUGGACAACCUGGUGCUGCUGGACAACCCGGAGCUGCUGGACAACCCGGAGCUGGCUCUGGAGGAGGUUCAGAACAGCCAACUCCUGGAGCAGGAGAUGGAUCAGGAAGUGCAAGUGGUAACCAGUCUGGAACAGGUAGUGGAACAGGAAGUGGCCAACAAGGAUCAGGCCAAGCAGGAUCAGGCCAAGCAGGUGCAGGCCAACAAGGAUCAGGCCAAGCAGGUGCAGGCCAAGCAGGUGCAGGUGCAGGCCAACAAGGAUCAGGCCAAGCAGGUGCAGGCCAAGCAGGUGCAGGCCAAGCAGGUGCAGGACAAGCAGGAUCAGGCCAAGCAGGUGCAGGCCAAGCAGGUGCUGGCGGAUCAGGAGCCGGUAGCUCAGGAUCAGGAUCAGGGUCAGGUGCUGGUGGUGCAGGGACUAGUGGUUCAGGAUCAGGAGCUGGCGGAUCAGGAGCUGGUAGUGCAGGAUCAGGUUCCGGUGGAUCAGGAGCUGGCGGAUCAGGAGCUGGCGGAUCAGGAGCUGGUAGUGCAGGAUCAGGUUCCGGUGGAUCAGGAGCUGGUAGUGCAGGAUCAGGUUCCGGUGGAUCAGGAGCUGGUAGUUCAGGAUCAGGAGCUGGCGCAUCUGGAUCAGGAUCAGGAGCAGGAGCUGGUGGCGCGGGCUCUGGUGGUACGGGAGCUGGGUCAGGUCAAGCAAGCCCUCAACCACAUAGUGUUGCAGCUCAGGCCAGAACUACAACAGGUGGUUCUCAACCUACAGUAUUAGCACCUUCUCAACUGGCUACUACCUUCCAUGGUGGUGUAGAGAAGAUUAAUGUUGGACUAUUCCAAGUGUUGCUACCAUUUGUUGUCUCUGUUCUAUUGUUAUGA